CAAAGUUAUUCAUCUAGCUUGGUAUUAUUUAUUUCUCUUUUUAUAUAUACUUUUCAUGCUUGGAUUUAUUGUUCCAGUUUGCAUAUUUAUUUAAAUACUCUUGUUUUUUAAAUGCACUAUCAACAAAAUUGUUGGUUUCAACCCUUUUCUUAAAAUAGUUUCUUUAAAAAUUGGUCUAGUUAAUUAUAAAUAAUGACAGAUAUUCAAAAUCGAAAACCGAAACUCCUCUCAAGCCGGGAAAGGUUUUUCACUGAGUCUUCCGACGAUCGUGAACAAACUCCCUCGCCGAGGGAGACGAGUGGAACUUUCAUUAGUUAUGCCGACAGCUGUUCGGCCUCGAUCGAAGACGAGACGUCCCAACUCCGACACGACUUGUCCUCCCCACGUGAUCAAAAAUCACCACAUUUAGAUUUCAACCAAAGACUCAACUCGGUCGCUCAGACUCGAGCUUUCUCCCCGAUUCCUGAAAAAGUAGCUCCGGAGUUUCUGAGGAAUUUGGAAAUUUCCGACGACGGAAGUGACAAGGAGGCAAUGGUUAUCUCGGCUCAGAUAUCGGGUCGCUCGACACCCCAGGCAAACUGGUAUGUUAACGGUACCCCGCUAAAAGGAGAUUCCACCGGGCAAGAUGAAGGAAAGUAUGAGCUUAAACGAGAUGGAACUACUCAUAAACUAGUACUGAAGGAUUUAUUAACCAGCGAAGAAGAAGAAUCUUGGAAGAUCAGUUGUAUUGCGGUUAACAGUCUAGGUGCGGCAAAAACAUCAGUUGUUUUGGGCCACCAUAUAGAGACGCAAUACAUCUCGGCGAGCCAGUCGAACCUAUUCGAACAUGAAGAAGGAAUCGACUCGGAAUCCGAUAAUGAAGACAGCGAAGGAGGCUCGAAUGACCUUGACGACACCUCGACCGCACUGAGUGUAUCGACUGAAAACGGAUUCAGGUCUUCAGUCAAGAAAUUAAAUGACAGUCGGAAUGAUAUGUUUGGUUUUGUACCAGAUAUGAAGCUUCUAAGGCUAGGCAGGGGUCUUGUCUGUGAAUCUUCAAUCGAGAAAUUCUCUAUCUACGAGACCUCAGUCGACGUCACGUGGCUGUUGGACGGGAGAGUCGUUCGCCAAUCAGAACACAGUAGGAUGGUGGAAAACGACUCCAACGACUGUUUUCAGCUCCAGAUAUCCGACUUAAGCGUGAUCAAAGAGGGAACCCAGAUCCUCACGUGUAUUGUGUCUUCAGUAGACGGACAUUGCCAGCAGUCAACCAACAUCUCCGAGUUCCUGGAAAAGCAAUGCAACCAAGAUGAAAACCAAGAAAAACGGUUCCUCGAAAGCAACGAAUGGCUCAACGACUUACUGCUUCUUAACUUUCAUUCUGAUUUUUACACCCCCGAAGAAGAGUUUGUUUCGCAGAUUUUAGUUUCAAGUGAAAUCAGUAGCGAAGACGUGAGGGCGUCCGAGAUGACCUUUCAAGUUGACCUAGGCGACUUUGAAGAGCCAGUGGAGCCUUUCUGGUUGGUGGAUGGAGAAAUUGUGCUGAACCAAAAGUGCUUUCAGAAAGAUUUCAUCGAAUACAGCUGCAUUCUAACUUCCUCGAUGAGCUCGUCAAAAUCCAAAUUUUCCCGCAUCGACUUCGUACUUGUCGGUAUUUCUCCAGUCGAAGAUGGCUUGCCUGCCGUUUUGCACCGCUACGUCGAAAGACCUCAAUUGGUAGGAAAACCUUACCUGGAACUGAUCCCCAAUACCGAGCUCCUAUUGGUUGAAAUCCCUCUGCGAAGCUCGCCGGGACCCGAAGUGUCGUGCUUUGUAAACGAAUUACCAACAAGCGGAUUUGAUUGGGAGUUUUCAGCUCCCGAGAAAUUGUGUUCAGUUGCACUAAACGAUGUUUUGGACGAAAUUGCCGAAGGCGACAUGAGAAUUGUGUUGACCAAUCAGCUUGGAUCGCUGAGUAUAUCUCUUACACGUGAUCAAAUUAUGCGGUUCAAAAAACAAAGUGUUGCCAGAAAUGUUGCUCGUAAAAAGUGGUUUCGCGAGUGUAGCACUGUCGAACAAAACAUUGCAGGGUCUGAAAAAAGCAAUGUGUCUCGACGGCGCUUCAAGGAAAUAUUUCUGAGACCCUUAUCAGCUGAAGCGGAGACUGUAAAUAUAAUCUCAACCAGUCAAAUUUAUCGAGCAGAUCUGCAUUGGAAAGUCUACCAAAAUAACCAGCGUGUAACGAGGAGAACGAAAAGUGUUUUUAAAGAAAACCCUGACUUCAUUUUAAGUUCUGCCGAAGUCAAAAAUAUAUUUGUGGACGUUUACAUUACUGAAAACGAACAUUUCAGUUUAACAUGUGGUCAAUUUUGUACACCUCAGAAUGUGCCAGUUCAUACCAAUGUACCGUUUGGUCAAUCGAUAUCCUUCAAGCAUAAAAAUGAGAAAUUUGAUUGGACAUGCAAAAAUUACCCAACUUUUUUUGACCAAUCAAAAAUCAGCUCUCAGUCAUCAGAAGAAAGUGAGGAGAGCAAAACAACAGCGCUGAUUGACAGUUCCUCGUUUGAAAAUUUGAUUGAAGAGAAAAUACUCGAAGAAGAAAUAACGACAGACGAAGAAGAAAUUAGUUUCUCUCAAAAUAAUUGUUUGAAGUAUUUUGAAACGGAAACAGUGAAAAAUUUGAGACCAAUGCUUGAAGACGACAAAAUCCCAUCUAUAGCAAGCAAUGAUUUUCAUGAUCAAAAAAGUGUGGAUAAUUCGAACCCAUGUAAGCCUGAAAUUGAAAGAGAAAAUUUAUUAGUUCCAAUGAUCAAUGAAAUAAUCGACGAAGAAGGGAAAACCAGUGAUGGAAACUCUGACAGAACAGUUUACGAAAACAUGUCAGAUUCCGAAAACUGCGAAACCAGCUCAACUGAAUCCAGCUCAGAACGUGAUUCAAACUCGAACAAACUGCCUUUAUCCCACUCUGGUGGUUUUCUGGAUCAAAAUUUACAGAAAAACUACAGAGAUUCAAUUAUCUCAAAGGUUCUCAGUUUUGGUGGUCCGAAAGUGUCUACAGAGAGUCUAAGCACUCUGGAUGAAGAAAGCGAUGGCAGCGAAGGUGACCAAGAUGGAUCCGAGUUGAUGAUCAGAGAUGAUUUAUGCCCGAAACUUGAAUGUGAAAUCGAGGUCGAAGAAUUUCUGGAUCCUAUAGAGGAACUCAAAGGCGAUGAUAAGUCGGUAUCUGAAACUGAUGAAUCCGACUUUGAGCUUGGAGGGGAUCCCAUUGUCGAAAAAGAUCUAGAGGACGUGACUGUAGAGAAGGGAGGAACUGCAGUUUUCGAAUGUCAGAUGAAAGGAGUUGAAAUAGUUACAUGGUUCAAGAACGGUCGCAAGGUUCUCGGUUCUCGCUUCAUACAAGAGUCAUUCGCCGCCUCCUUGUCGUCCACCUCGUCUACCGUGUUCCGACUGACAAUAAAUGACGUGAAGGACUGGGAAGAUGAUUUGAGGUUCCAGUGCAGAGCCAAUACAGACCAGGGGUCGGAGGAGGUCAAGUUACAAACUAGUGAAAAAACUCUUAGUGUCGCAGCUUCACCGAAAAUUGAUCCUCCGAGGAAAUACCAGAAUGCUCCGACCAUCACUUUGCGUCAAGGUGAAGAACUGAGUCUUUCGAUUCCCAUCAUCGGUAAACCUACUCCUUUUUGGACCUGGGAGUUCCGAGCAGUCGGAGAAAAUGAAACAUCGGAAAUACAUGGAGCCGAGGGGCAGUCAAACAAAGCGGAGUUACGAUUAAGAAAGAUGGUUCGGAACAAGAGAGGAGUGUAUAUCCUGCACUCCUGGAAUGAGUUCGGCGAAGAUAGGAAGGAAUUCAAAGUUGAUAUCGAAGCGCUUCCGUCUAAAGUGAGGAAAGUGAAGCUGGAAACUGACCCUUCAUUACAAUUAUCCUGGGAGGUCCCGGCAGACGAUGGAGGAAAGCCAGUUAUUAAUUACCUAAUCCAAGGGAAAACUAGCAGCAGCGUCAACACCUGGCGAACUCUACUCAAAACGAACAAGCUGGAAGCGAACCUGAAAGGAAUUGUGUCGGAAGCUUCUUUGGUCCGAGUCAUGGCCGAGAAUCGAAUAGGCGUGAAUGAAUCAAAUGAUUUUGAAGUUAUUCAGAUAGCCGACGGGGAAGAGAGCCGAAAAAGGAACCAUUCGACAAAAAGCUACGAAGCUGAAGAAACUUCAAAACUGAUGCAAGUAAAACCGAGCGAAACGGAAAGACCGCUUGUAGAACUCAUUGGAAAAUUUGGUUCUUGCCAAGCUCAAAAAGUGACGAUAAAAGACGUCGCAACCGUAAAGUUGAUUCAAGAUUCAUCAAAUCCUCUGUUCAUGACAAAACUGGUGCUUGCGCUGCAAAAAAGAAAACCUGAAAACUUCCUUCAGCUUAUUAGUUCAGACACAAAUUCAACAGUGCAAACUUAUAAGCUGCAAUUCUUGGACUUGACUGACUUUAUGGACCCCUGUGGGUGGAUGAGAGAUCGAACUGAGGCUGCAAUCGGAAGAAUAAUACUCCAGAUAUUGCAGUGUCUCCAGUUUCUACACGAGCGAUCGAUCUUGUAUCUAUCUUUGCAUCCCAUUUUUCUGGCACUGGACAAACAGAAGCAGUACUCUAUUCAUCUUUUCGGGUUUCCUUUCUCCCGCAGAAUUGAUCCCGAUUCCGUCGCCAGCUUUCCCAAAAAGUUUUCCGAGUUCUACGCGCCGGAAGUGUUCCGGGAAAAACCUGUCGGGCGGUCCUCGGAUGUUUGGUCAGUUGGAGCUCUGACAGAGUUCAUGAUUAGCGGUAAGACAUUCCUGCCGGAUUCCAGACUUUCAAACCAAAGUUCGAGUUCUGGUCUCAAAUCCGCUGAGUUGCACAACUUCAUUCAGCUCGCUAUUCAGCCGGACUCCUCGCAGCGCACUUCAAUCGAAGAGUGUCUCCAUCAUCGAUGGAUGAACAAACUGAAGAUUUCAAGUGGCGAGAAGGCGGAGUUAGCUAAUCCGAACAAGAAUGUCGGAGUGAAAUUUAUGAAAGAAAAACUGAGGGAGUGGCGAAGCGUGGACAAUUGGACGGAGAGUGGACACGUGUAUGGUCGACUGACCUAUCUCGAGGAACUUCGAAACGGCGGAAAUGAGAUGCUCUUCUGUCCGAUAGAAACGCUAGAUGCAGCUCCUGUGUUCCUUUCCCUGCCCCCUAAAGAGCUCAGUUGCCACAGGGGCGAGACUGUCACCAUGUCCUGUUCAGUAGCAGCCAUCUCACCACCAGUCGUGACUUGGCGCUUCAUGGACGAGGAACUUCGCCCAGGAGUCAAACACCGGUUACAGUACUCCUGUUUUUUCCAGCCGAUGACCCCUUCUUCAAAAGAUAACUCGGAUUCAACUGAAGCGACUGAACAAAUUCUCUGUUCACUCAAGAUUACCAACUGUCAAUUCUCUGACUGCGGCGAAUACACGUGUCAUGCACAAAAUUCUUACGGGUCCAAUUCUAUAUUGAUAUAUUUGGACGUAAUUUGAAUUUUUAUCAGAUGAUCGGUAAAACUGGCACCCAUUUUUUCUCUUUGCAUAAAUUUUGUCUUAGCUUAGUUCUU